AUGGACCCCUCCAUCCUUCGUGAGCUUUCGAAGCUCGACCCCGCGGUACCGUUCCGCUCAUCGACCGAUCAUCUACAUCAUACAUGGGCCAAGACAUUCUUCUCGCGCCCGGAGCUGUACAUCCGCCCACAAACAAUCCCAGAGAUUCAACAGCUUGUGACUCUCGCCCGUCGCUGUCGUCGUCGCAUCGUUACGGUCGGCAGCGGCCACUCACCCUCCGAUUUGACCUGUACCUCAUCCUGGCUCGUCAACCUCGACGACUUCAAUCGUAUCAUCAGCGUUGACCCGUCAACCGGUUCGGUAACCGUCGAAGCAGGCAUCCGAUUGCACGAUCUAGGCACACAACUAGAGAAACAUGGUCUGACACUCGAGAACCUCGGCAGCAUCGACAGCCAGUCCAUAGCAGGCGUCAUCGCCACCGGUACCCACGGUAGUUCCCUGCGCCACGGCCUGGUAUCAGAAUGUAUCGACUCGCUCGGCCUGGUACUUGCUAAUGGUCAGCUAGUCCGCUGCAGCCCGACAAACAACCCGGACCUGUUCCGCGCGGGGCUGGUAUCGCUCGGGGCGCUCGGAAUCGUCGUCGAAGUCACCUUCAAGGCGACGCAGACGUUCAAUAUCGCCUGGCGUCAGGAGCGGUACUCCCUACCUCGUGUCCUGGACGAAUGGUCAACGGGCCUGUGGACUUCGCAUGAGUUCGUGCGCGUCUGGUGGAUGCCUUAUGAGAAAGCCGCUAUUGUCUGGCGUGCUGAUAAAACUGACCUCCCGCUGCGCCCUCCCCCGACAAGCUUCUACGGAGACGCCCUAGGCUACCAUAUCUACCAUAAUCUCCUCGCGCUGUCCUCGUACGUCCCCCGCAUCCUGCCUUGGGUUGAAUGGUUCGUCUUUGGUAUGCAGUACGGCUUCCGCGCUGGGUCGACCAUCACCGAGGCAGUUGAGCCCGCGCGCGAGGGAUUGUUGAUGAACUGUCUGUAUUCGCAGUUUGUUAAUGAAUGGGCGCUUCCGCUGGAAAAGGGCCCCGAGGCCAUCGGUCGGCUUUCGGCCUGGUUGAAUGGCGACACCGCGACCGCGCGCAUCCCCUUCUCACCCAAGGGACUGUACGUACACUGUCCGGUCGAAGUGCGAGUCUCUGAUACCUCGCUGAACGCAAAGCCCCGCCCAUUCCUGGACCCGACCUGUCCCGACGGCCCGACCCUCUACCUCAACGCAACGCUUUAUCGUCCGUACCUCCGCGAUCCGCCGUGCAAAGAGCGCUACUAUGAAGCCUUCGAAUGGCUGAUGCGGGAGAUGGGCGCGAAACCGCACUGGGCGAAGAAUUUCAACACGUUAAGCCCACAAGAGCUGGGUGCCGCGUAUGGGUCAAACAUGGAGUCGUGGAUGAAAGUGCGUUCGCAAGUUGACGUGGACGGGAUGUUCGUGGGCGAAUGGCAUCGGCGCAACCUGCCCCUGGAACUCGGACAGGGAAGCGAAACGCCGGACGGCGAGAAGCUGCCCCUCCUGGAGCGCGAGCGCGAACGUCGCAAGGCCGAUAUUAGUGGGGUCGGCGAUGGCGUCGAAUGGGUAGGGGAUCGCCGAUGGCAGGUUCAGGCUCAGGCUCAGCAACAUCCCUUAGCUGCGCUGGAUAUGGAGAAGACCGUGUACCCAUUACCACCAGACCACUCGCCUAGUACGGCGACCAGCGAGGAGAGCUUUGAUUUGCUUGCCAAGGGUGAAGCGAGUAUCUUGCUCCCCGAUGGACCGGGGGUGUAA